GUGAUCUCGGGUGAAGAUGGCGGCUCCGCCUGACGAGCAGAGCUUAGAGUCCCGCAUCAACAAAGCAACCAACCCUUUAAAUCGAGAAACUGACUGGGAAAGUAUUCAGCUCUUCUGUGACCAACUCAGCAAUGAACCUGAAGGUCCACAGCUGGCCACCAGGCUACUCGCUCACAAGAUUCAAUCUCCUCAAGAGUGGGAGGCCAUUCAAGCUCUCAUGGUUCUAGAAACUUGUGUGAAGAACUGUGGGAAAAGGUUCCAUAAUGAGGUGGGAAAGUUCCGUUUCCUUAAUGAGCUCAUCAAAGUGGUAUCACCUAAGUAUCUUGGUUCUCGAGCUCCAGAACCGGUGAAGAAAAAAGUUUUAGAAAUGAUGUACAGCUGGACUGUGAGUUUACCAGAAGAGACAAAGAUUUCUGAUGCCUAUCAGAUGCUUAAGAAACAAGGUAUUAUUAAGCAAGACCCUGAUCUCCCUGAUGAUAAGCCCUGCCCUCCUCCUCCGCCCAGGCCCAAGAAUGCAAUCUUUGAGGAUGAAGAGAAAUCAAAGAUGUUGUCCCGUCUUCUGAAUAGCUCUCAUCCUGAGGACCUGCGGGCAGCAAACAAACUCAUCAAAGAAAUGGUUCAGGAGGAUCAGAAACGUAUGGAGAAGGUGUCAAAGAGAGUGAAUGCUAUUCAGGAAGUGAAGGAGAGUGUUGGGCUUCUCACACAGUUACUGGGAGAUUACAGCAAAGACAGCUCCUCACAAAGCAAUGAGGAGCUCAUUAAGGAUCUGUACCAGCGCUGUGAAAAGAUGAGACCAACUCUGUUCAGAUUGGCCAGUGAUACUGAGGACAAUGAUGAAGCUCUUGCUGAGAUCUUACAGGCGAAUGACAGCCUAACGCAGGUGAUCAAUCUGUACAGGCAGCUGGUGAGAGGGGAGGAGGUUAAUGGAGAAGCGAGCAGCUCAGCCACACACCCAGGUAGCAGUAAUGCACUUUUGGAUCUGACAGGACUAGACACUUCCCCUUCUGCUCAGUCGUUCUCUGAAUUUCCCUCUCAGACACAGGAGCUAGGCAUCAGUCUUCUAGAUGAUGAGCUUAUGUCUUUAGGAUUGACUGAAGUUAAUUCUAAUCUGACUUCUUCCCAAUCUGGAGAUGCUAUGGGGUGGAAUACUUUUCAGUCAUCAGAAACUGAGGAUACACCUGUAAUGCCGGAACCUGCAGUGCUGUUGCCAGUGACAAGUGCUACUAAGACACCUGUUCCUGUGCCUGUGACAUCCACUAAAUCCCUAGAUGAGCUAGACCUGUUGGGUAAGACUCUGCUGCAGCAGUCUCUACCUCCAGAAGGUCUUCAGGUCAAAUGGGACAAGCUUCAGUCUCAGUCCAAACCUACACUACGAGACCUUCAGAUCAAGUCUGGAAAUAACGCCGCUACAAGCCCAAGUCCUGUGUUGAGCUUUUCUUCAGAGCCAGGAUCUCUCCUCAAUUCUCAGCUCACACCUCAGGAUGAUGUAUCAUUGGUGAAAGUGACUGUGCCCUUGGAGUCUAUCAAGCCUAGUAGCAUGUUACCUGUGACAAUUUUUGAUAAACACAGCCUACGAGUUUUGUUCCAUUUUGCAAAAGACCCUCCGCCAGCUCGGCCAGAUGUUUUAGUGGUGAUUAUCUCCAUGUUGUCCUCUGCCCCUUUGCCCAUCACAAAUGUACGAUUCCAGGCUGCUGUUCCCAAGAAUAUGAGAGUGAAGUUGCAGCCACCAUCGGGAUCAGAUUUACCUGCCUUCAACCCUGUAUUGCCCCCUGCUGCCAUUACACAGGUCCUGCUUUUAGCUAACCCUCACAAGGAGAAGGUCCGGUUGAGAUACAAACUGACUUUUGAUAUAGGAGAAGAAUCACAUGACGAAAGUGGAGAUGUAGAGCAGUUCCCUCCGCCAGAGUCAUGGGGAAACAUUUAAAGCAACAGACUAAUGAUUUCCUGAUGAUGAUGAUGAUGGCAGUUUGUAUUCAGACUAUUACUGUAUGUCACUGGCUCUGCCUUUCCAGCUCCACCUCUCUUUCCUCUACAUAACGAGUGCUGAAGGACGCCUUGAAAUCGGCUCAUUUGAUUUUUUAAUUCCAGUUCUGUCUUUUUCACUUCUCGUUUUGCUUUCUGUCAUGUCAGACCCUUUAUGUAUGGAGCUUUAAAUGUUUGAAAGCUAGAGAUGAGAGUUUUGUGUUUGUGUGAUGUUUCCAUGUGUGCAUCCAGACUCUGGAGUCUCGCUCGGCUGUAAUGACGUAGAGCAGCUUUAUUUUCUGCACCGAUUGGCUCAUAUGUGCUGAUUUAUACGUUUUGAUCUCUAGCACACAUUCUUGUUUUUUGGUUCGAUUAUAUUGUUAGGCUGCACGUGUUCUCCCUGGAAGCGCAACAGGAUCCAAAACUACUACUUAGCAGGAAAUACUACAAAUUGAAAUGAGUGACAUUACAAAUCAAACAGCCCCUCUUGUCAAGACGUUUGUGCAUCUCAUGGUUGCCAUUGGUCCUAAAUUGCCCUUGUUCCGUGCACUGUACUGCUCUUGAAUUACAUGCUGAUGUCUUGUUUAUAAUUACCGUACGUGCCUAAUCAGAGGAUUCCUUUUCAUGCUAAUAUAGACAUUUAUGUGUGAUGCUUGAUUUAAAUUAACAGUAUGGUAUUUGUCCUUUUUUGUUUGAGAAUGUCUUUAUUUUGUUCCCUAAUUUCAGAUUUCCAGUUUCACAUUAAUUAUGAUCUUUCUUUCUCUCAAUGCAGUACAGUGUAAUUAUUGCUAUUACACCCUUGCCAUUCUUAGAAUAUACAUGUUUGUCAAAUGAAUUCUGCACUUUGAUGAUGCUAGCAGAUGGUUUAUAUAAUGGUACUUGGGUCAUGUAAAAAGAGAAAUUGGAAUUUACGAUAGACAGGAACUUAAAUCACUGUGGUCCUAAAUGAAUUUGCUGUAGAUGCUCACUUCACCCAGUUAAAGCCAGAUGAUUGAUGUCCAUCCACCCUGACAAAAUGUAAAUAAUGCUGGUAUUGCUAUUAUGUACAUUUGCCAAAAACUAAUACAGAGACUAAACAUGGAGCAGUGAAUGUAGUGCAAAUAUGUAUUUAAGGGAAAUAAACUUAUUCUUUUUCUCUGGGGUUUCAAA